UAAGUUGGGCAAUCCUGAGCUAAAUGAUCCAAUUCCCCACAAACGAAAUGUAAUAUCCCCAAAUUUUAGGGACUUGGUUGUGAGAGAUUCUUAUUAAUGAGCUUAAUGUCGCGUGUCCUGUUCUUCCUCUUCCCCGACCCUCUGCAAGCCGACAAGCCCCAGCUACCGCCACCCCUUUUUCCAGCCGGGAACACCGGUAAGAACUUGGAGAAUUCUUCUCCUUUCCUGGUUCUAGGACAUCUAUUCAACCCAGAAUUUUUCCAGAUCUGCUCUCUUCCCUCUACCGUGAGUUCCCUGCUGCUGGGUGCGCAUCUCUGGGCUUUUUCCGCUAUUGGAAAAUCCGGAUUUGCUUUGCUCUGUCCGCCGGCUGCUCUUGUUGUGGGGGCGAAAUUCUUCAAAUUCCGAUUUCCGUGAGUUUCCCUGCACUUGCCGCCGGCCUCUUCCCCAAUCUGCACUUCGGUUGGCUUGCUGGAUUUUCUGGUUUCUGAUCGUUUUGUCAGUUUAGCACUGAGAUCGAGUGUUCGGUUUUAUGCGAGUGAGGUAAGUAGAUUAUGGUAACGCCCUUCGAUUUCAAAAGCAUGUUUUGAUUUGUUUUUGAAAUGGUGGCGGGACUAAACCCGUUUUAUGCAAAAGUAAGUAUGACUGAUUUGAAGUGAAAUUUUUAUGCUUUUCAUUAAAUUGAGCAUGCCUACUUGAAAUUUAAUUGAUUGUCCUGAUGAUUUGAAGUGAUUGGUGAAUUAUGAUUUUUCUGUUAACUUCUCUGCCUGUUUUGUCUCCGAUGUGGUCAUGUUAUUUCUGUAAUCCUGCUAGUGGGGGUUAAAC